AUGUCUGCCGACGGUAACACCAAGAUCAAGUUGCAGUCCAACGACAAUGCCUUCAUUGAGCUCGACCGCCAAGUCGCUGAGCGCUCCAUCCUGAUCAAGCACAUGCUUGAGGAUCUCGGUGAGGCUGCUCUUGGCCAGACCAUCCCCAUCCCCAACGUCACUGAGCCCGUCCUUCGCAAGGUCGUCGAGUGGUGCGAGCACCACCGCAACGAUCCUCCUUCGACCGCUGAUGAGGAGUCCGACAACCGGAAGAAGACCACUGAGAUUGAGGAGUGGGAUCAGAAGUUCAUGCAGGUCGACCAGGAGAUGCUGUUCGAGAUCAUCUUAGCUUCCAACUACCUUGACAUCAAGCCCCUUCUGGAUGUCGGUUGCAAAACCGUCGCCAACAUGAUCAAGGGCAAGUCCCCCGAGGAGAUCCGCAAGACGUUCAACAUCACGAACGACUUCACCCCCGAGGAGGAGGAGCAGAUCCGUCGGGAGAACGAGUGGGCCGAGGACCGCUAA